UAGACAGACUUUAGACUUUGGAAACCUAUUUGUCGUGACAUUAGACGACCAUCAUCUUUGGUCACAUUCUCUUGCAAACACUCCAACUCAUACACACGUUUAUGCAAGUGUGUUUACACAAACUUUCUUGGGCUUCAGAAGGAUCUGCAGACACUUGACACGAGACAUGUGGGUUGUAGCUGUAGCCCUGCUGCUCACCCUCUGCAGUGGCUCACUUUCUCUGGACAAACUCAACAUGUGUAUGGAUGCUAAACACCACAAAGUCGAGCCCGGCCCUGAGGGACAACUUUACCUUCAGUGUGCUCCAUGGCGUGACAAUGCGUGUUGUACUGCAAACACCAGCACUGAAGCGCACGACGACAACUCCUACUUGUACAACUUCAACUGGAACCACUGUGGCGCUAUGAGCCCAAAGUGCAAGCGACAUUUCGUCCAAGACACUUGCUUCUAUGAAUGCUCACCACACCUGGGGCCCUGGAUUCAAGAGGCGGAUGAGAAUUGGCGCAAGGAGCGAAUCUUGAACGUGCCGCUUUGUUUGGAAGACUGCAAUGACUGGUGGGAGGACUGCAAGGACGACAUGACGUGCAAGACUAAUUGGCACAAGGGAUGGGACUGGAGCACAGGUGUCAACAAAUGCCCUGAAGGCAGCAAGUGCAGAAAAUGGACGGAUGUUUUCCCAACAUCCAAGUCUAUGUGUGAGCAGAUCUGGUCAAACUCCUACCUUUAUACUACGUACUCCAAAACGUCAGGGCGGUGCAUGCAGCUCUGGUUCACGGGCUCAAACCCCAACAAGAAGGUAGCCGAGUAUUACCUCAACAAUGCACAACAACGUCGCAGUUUGGCCGUGACAUCGCUGCUCUUCCUGGCAAUCUCAACUCUUUCUGUACUGACUUGAAAAAAACAAAAACAUUCUUCUUCUCAAGUUUUCUGGAGGAAGCAAUAAAGUUUACUUUGAUUA